AUGCACACUCCAGCCACUCUCUCACUGCUGCUUCUGUCCAUGAGCCUCCUAGCAGCAUCUCAGGCCCAGAGCCUCUUCUCCAAAGAGAUGCCACUGGACAUGGCUUUGGCCUCCUUUGAUGACCAGUACACUGGCUGCACGGCAGCCAUGACAGCCAUGCUCCCGGACCUCAACCGCACUGAGUUCCAGGCCAACAAAGAGUACGCAGACAGCUGGAUACUUGCCAGCAGCCAAUGGCAGGAGCGCCGAGCCUGGAGUCCCGAGUGGGGUCUCAGUGCCACCCGCCUACCCCAGCCGCCCCCUGGCUUCCGUGAUGAGCACGGGGUGGCCCUCUUGGCCUACACGGCCAACAGCCCCCUGCACAAGGAGUUCAAUGCGGCUGUGCGUGAGGCGGGCCGCUCCAAGGCCCACUACCUCCACCACUUCCCCUUCAAGACCCUCCACUUCUUGCUGACAGAGGCCCUGCAGCUGCUGGCCAGGGCCCAGCGCUCACCCCAGUGCCGCCAGGUGUUCCGGGGGGUCCAUGGUCUGCGAUUCCGGCCCGAGGGACCUGGCACCACUGUCAGGCUCGGGGGCUUUGCUUCUGCAUCUUUGCAGAACACAGCUGCCCAGCAGUUUGGGGAGGACACCUUCUUCGGCAUCUGGACUUGUCUUGGGGUCCCUAUCAAGGGCUACUCCUUCUUCCCUGGGGAGGAGGAGGUGCUGAUCCCCCCCUUUGAAACCUUCCAAGUGAUCAAUGCCAGUAGGCCAGCCCAGGGCCCUGCCCGCAUCUACCUCCGGUCCCUGGGCAAGCGCAGUACCUACAACUGCGAGUAUGUCAGAGCCACAGGCCAGGACCCCCACUCCCUGGCCUGGUUCUUCCUGCUGCUGAUCUGGUUCCUGAUAUGA